AUGGCUCAGACAGCGGGCGUGAACGGUGAGUGGGCAUCGAGGUUGACAGCACGACGAAGGUGGUUGACAGCGGCGGGGUUCAAGGAGGUAAGGACGACGGUGAGGCUGGAGGUCGGGGCGGCGAAGGGGAGAGCCAGCAGCGUUCGAGCGGCGAAGUGGGGCGGAGAUGGGGCCGCGGAGGCCGGCGGUAGUCAAGGCGGAGCCGCGAGUACAGGGGUGGUCGGAGCUGCGUGGGUUUCGACGAAGGACGGUGGUCAAGGCGGUAGCUCGAGCGGCGGUGGCGACGGGGUCCAGAGCGGUGCGGGCGCCGGGUUUGGGAAGAAGAGAAUGAGAGAGAGGCGGUGGGUUCAAAAAUGA